CCGGCCUCGAAUUCAUUGAAAGACCUGCUACACACACGCCUAUCGUUGCAAAUUCACUUGUCCAUCACUUCCAUUCUGAAUCUAUGCGAAUGUAUGCGCCAUCACUCUCCUUAUCUCAGUAGCCUCAGAGGCCUUCAUACACACUCUUGUAACAACACCCUUCGUGUUUCUUGUCAACCGACGACAAGCUAUGGCUUCCAGCAAUCAUCCAAUUCUACUGAGUCCAUCACAUCCUAACAGCGGCGAACAUUCUCCACACCAACGCGACCGCUCUGUCUCUGCCGCUCGUUCAAUCGAUAUCGUCCCACUGCCCGCAGAAAUCUCGAUCUCUAGCAAAGCUCCUCCUAACAGCGCUGACAUUGGUGAUAAUAACGGCGACAAGGCCGACAGUGAAGACGAUGAUAACUCGUUUGUGGCUCCUGAGGAUGAAGAAGUCCCCUUUCAUGAACGACCAUGGUACAAACGACCUUCGGCAUGGUGGAUACUCCCAGUAUUCGGUUUCGUGACGUGCUUUAUGUUCAUGACCGUCGCUGCGAAAACGGAAAUCUACAUUCGCCUUGUAUGCGAAGCCUAUAAGCCAGAAAUCGCUUCUCCACUCGUCAUCGACAAUAAUAGUAGUAGUAGUACUACUGAACCUGUCUUUAUUGGCCGAUCGACGUUUGUCCCAUUUGGUGACUGGGGGAUAAACUCUCAAUAUUAUGACGUCAAAGUCCCCCGUCCUACAUCGCAAUGUCGUGCAGAUCCGGAAGUCGGCCGUCGGGUCGCAGCGCUGGCUACCAUGAUCACUUUGACGUUGGGACUUUUUUCCGUUUUAACCACAGGUUUUUGGUCCAAACUUUCAGAUAGUAAAGGGCGCACUUGGGUACUUAAAAUUUGUGUCCUUGGAGCAGUCUUAUCAGACAUCAACUUCAUCGCCGUCACGCUUUAUUCUCGUCAGAUUCCUGGAAGCUAUAAUCGAUUCUUAUGGAGCUCCAUCGUUGAUGGUUUGGCUGGGGGAGCCGUGACGAGUUCGGCAGCGGCGCAUGCAUAUAUCAGCGAUUGUGUCCAUCCGACAGCGAGGUCACGCAUGUUUUCCCUGUAUUUGGGCAUUCUCUACGUGGGGAUGGCGGUCAGUCCAGCUCUCGGCGGUAUCGCCAUUUCACGAACGGGAGAUCUCCUCACCCCCUUUUAUGCCGCUACAGCAGGCCACGUCGCUUACUUUCUUACCAUGUUCUUCCUCGUUCCCGAAUCGCUCUCCAAACGUCAAAUGGUCAUCACCGCGGAGAGGAGGAAAGCUGAAGCCGAAGCGAGCAAGGAGCGAAUGAUGAUGACAACGACAGGAAACCCGCAUGAGCAUAAGGGUUGUAGUGGUAGUAGGGCGCGAGUGAUGAGAGUUGUGAAGAGUACUUUGUUUGGGUUUCUGGAACCUUUGGUGGUGUUUGCUCCUCAGGCUGUCGAUAGAGAUCGAGAUCGAGAGCGGGAGGAAGUUGGGAGUGGUCGGAAGAAGGAUUGGAAUUUGACGCUUAUCGCUGGUGCUUCUGCAUUUGUGUCAUCUCUCGUCGGCGCUUCACAAUUCAAGUUCCAGUAUGCUGCUGCGCUGUUUGAUUGGACCUCGGAAGAGAUUGGAUAUUGGGUGACUGCUGUUGGAGUCACCCGGUCCGUCCAUCUCGUCGUUGUGCUGCCAUUGAUAAUCAAGAUUUUUGGUCCAAAGCGUGCUGACCUUCGUGAUCAAGACAUUGCACCAAACGACGAUCGGAACGACUUAGACGCACACCACUCCCCCUCCGAUGCAACUACUAGUAGCAGGGGCACUGAACGAACGCCCUUAAUCCACCCAUCUCGUCCUGGCGUGUCUUCACGUUUCUCACACGCCCAUCAUCAUCAUCAUCAUCAUCAUAACGUCGCAUUCGAUCUUCGUAUCGCAAAGGGAUCGCUCCUGGUAGAUAUGAUUGCAUACUUUUUGACGAGCUUGGCCCUCGAAUCUAGGACGUUUAGCGUUGCGACGCUCCUUUCGUCGUUCGGGGCUGGAUAUGCACCGGCUGCUCAGAGUUUGGCGUUAUCGCUCAUGUCAGGGGGAGGAGGAGGAGGGAGUGGUGGUGGUGGUGAUGCUGGGAAACUUUUCGGUGCUUUUGCGGUCAUCAAUUCUUUAUCAUCACAAAUCGCUGGACCAGCUAUGUAUGGUGCAACUUAUAUCCUUACGGUUUCUUGGUUUCCUCAGGGGAUACUUUGGCUUUCUUUUCUCAUUUCGUUCGUUGCCUUUCUGUCGUUCUCGUUUAUUAGACAUCCUCUCGCUCCGCCGCACGGUACUUAUAAUAAGGGCGUUCCUUAAGAGAGUCAUAAAUACCAGGCGUCAAGCCCCUGUACUAGUUAGUAGCUCUGAAAUCGAUUAUGCAGUAUGCGGGUGACGG